AUGAAACGUUGUCUAGCACUGUAUAAUUUUGCGAGGGCUUUUUGCUUCGCCUACAAGCUCAGGGAGUUGUUCGAGGGCUUGAGAGAGUUGUUCGAGGGCCCGGAUCUGGAGCAGAAGCAGGCAUACUUGCUUGCGCUUCGCGGAUGCACUGCCGCCACUCUCGUGCUUGAAGGCUGCCCGGGCACCGGCAAAUCUCACACUCUCCGCGCCAUCUGCGUCGCAAUGGUCCUCAUGGGCUAUCACGUCUUCGUCAGCGCCCAGUCCAACAAUGGCGUUAACGCGGUGUUUCAGAAGGUCGUCAAAUGGGCACGGAAGAACGGCCCACAACGGAUCGAGGACGGCAUUCGGCUUCGCGUGAGAACUAGCACCGUCUACGAUGCGCUCUUCAAGGAGCUCGGCCAGCACUGGGAAGAUUCCAACGUCGAUGAAGAGUUCUCCGAUGGCAUGAUCAGCUCCAUCUCCGCAUCCAACAUCCCCGACUGCGCCGCGUACAAGAUUGCCAAGUACGCUGGCGCUAACCCAACUGAGAAUUCAUGCCUCACCUACACCAAGUACGCUAAUGCGAAGGCCGAGAAGAAGCGCAAAUUUGAGACCGGUCAGGUGAAGGUCUCUGGCGCUACAGUGUCUCGCGGCUCAGCUAUGAAGGCAUGCAUUGGCAAGCCUCGACUCUCUGCCACCACCUCUGCAGCUUCUCAGCGUGAGGUCGUUCAGCGUAUCCUGGGGCUCUCAGAUGUAGACAGAUUCUACAUGGUCCCAUUCGAUGAGGCCUCGCAGGCUACUGAGGCGUCUUUGAUGCUCAUUUCGAAUACGAUUGGUUCAUCGACGCGGAUUGAGUUGUCUUGA